AUUAGAGCAGUCUGUGCAACCAUGGGCAAGUUCGCGUUCGAUGCCGCAGCCAAGCCCCCAACCAGGAUCCUGUACGAGGAGAUGCGGAAAGUCCAGUGUGUGGCACGACGUAUGCUCCAAGUACUAGUUCGUUCGCUUUCUAACCUUUCGUACAACAGCCGCAGUCGCAGCAGUUUCAGCAUCCUUUUUAUAUCUUCAGUCGUUCUCCUGCUCAGCAACCAAAGCAAGUACAGCAACAGCAACAGCAACAACAGCAACAACAACAACAACAACAACAACAACAACAACAACAACAACAACAACAACAACAACAACAACAGCAACAGCAACAGCAACAACAGCAACAGCCAGGCAUUGUUUUUCAGCCUCCAAAUUUACUUAACAAUACUCAGAUCAAGACAACCGACCUAAAGACGAGAAGUACGUCAUAA